AGAUAACUUUACCUCACUUAGACUGUGUGAUUUUUGUUGAUCUACCUUGUUCACUCUCCCGCUCAACAUUCCUUGCUUUCUUCCUUGCUGAGAUGAAAGCUCUUCUGUCCUCCUGACGUUGUGGGCGAUCCGGCAUGUGAAAGAACCAGGCGUUGUCGACAUGUGCCAUCUUUCCCCCACUCCUUGGAUCUGACAUUGAUAAACCUGCCUCCCCGCCUCCUUCAUUCAUGAUGGCGUCCUGGACGGUGAUCUAUGGAUUCUUCGCUGCGAUUGUUAGUAUGAUACUCGACGUCGCACAAUUCUGGAAACAGAGGUUAUCUUCCUGGUGGAAUACACAGUCUCCCCGGGAUCGAUUACGACAUGCUCUCGCUACUGCAACGACUUACGAGGAAUGGGAAGAGGCCGCCUUCGAUCUAGACGAGAUCCUCAGUAAGGAUCUAUGGCGCCAAAACCCAACGAGCCGCCAUUAUGACUACCGCUUGAUCUUGGGGAGACUGGAGGCUUUGAUGAGUGCCCGAGAAGACGAGGAUAUCUUGACUCUGGUCAACCUACUCCGAUCCGGUCUACUACGUAAUCUGGGCAACAUCACGUCGCCAAAGCUGUUCAUACAUGCUUACGCGGGGACCAAGCUUCUGAUCGACGACUAUAUCACGCAGGUAGCGCUCUCCAUCCAACAGGUGACGGCUCUUCCCACCGCUCCUGUUCACAUCAGUGGCUUCGGAUCCCAGGCGAAGCUCGAGCUUCUCCAUGAUACCCGACAGGCAUUCGGCCGAACGACUCUUUUACUCCAGGGAGGGUCGAUAUUCGGGCUUUGUCACCUCGGAGUCGUCAAGGCUUUGCAUCUGAGAGGCCUACUGCCUCGCAUCAUUAUCGGAACAGCGACGGGCGCCCUCAUCGCCGCACUUGUCGGAGUUCAUACAGAGGACGAGCUGUUGACGUUUCUAGACAGCGACGGCAUCGACCUGAGCGCCUUUGACCGGCGUCGAAAACCCAAAGCUUCCACCGACGACAGCCAAUGGCUGCCGUUCGACAUCAGCGACAACUGGGCGGGGACCCUAUUACGGCGCCUCAAGCGAUACCUCCAGACAGGGUACUUCCUCGACGCGGAAGUCCUGGAAGAAUGCGUGCGAGCCAACCUGGGGGAUCUGACGUUCGAAGAAGCAUACGCUCGAUCGAAACGCAUCCUCAACAUCACCGUCGCAACAUCCAACACCAACGCCACGCCCAACCUGCUUAACUAUCUCACAGCACCAAACGUGCUCAUCUGGUCCGCCGCCGUCGCCUCCAACGCCUCCAACACCUCCCUCUACCGCCCGGUAACCAUCUACUGCAAAGACGAGACGGGCUCGAUCGUCCCGUGGCCGCACUCCCGCGACGCGACCUUCGCCUCGUGGCGCCACGUGCAGUACAACGAGGGCGAGUCGCCGCUAUCGCGGAUUGCAGAGCUCUUCAACGUCAACCACUUCAUCGUCUCGCAGGCGCGGCCGUACCUGAUCCCCUUCCUACGCUCCGACAGCGGCACCCUCGUCAGCCGCCGACCCGGCGACCAACCCAGCCCAACCCGCUACUUCACCCGUCUCGUCAUGGGCGAGAUCCGCCACCGCCUCCGCCAACUCGACUACAUCGGCCUGCUCCCCACCGCCCUCGCGCGCCUCCUCAUCGAGGAAUCCAUCCCAGGCCCCAGCAUCACUCUCGUCCCCGACCUAACCGCCCGAGACUUCACCAAGAUCUUCGAAAACCCAAGCAAGGAGAGCCUCGCGCACUGGUCCCGCAAAGGCGAGCGCGGCGUCUGGCCAGCCGUUAGUGCGCUGAAGGUCCGCUGCGUCGUCGAGAUCGAGCUGGACAAAGGGUACCAGGUGGUUCGGCGGCGGCGGCCCGCCGAGAUGCUGGGUAGCGGCGGCGCGGGUGGCACAGAGACAGGGGGACGGACGAUGGCUGGGAGCGGAAGCGGGCGCGGGAGCACGACUGGAUCCGUAUCGCGCAGGGCCGUGGUGCCCAACGAGGGCCUUCCGCGGCGUCGACGCGGGAAUAGCAUCGAUUAUGCGCAUGAGAACCCGCUGACGAGUUUGGUGGCGGGCGAGUUGGAUUGUCAGGAUGAUUCGAAUUAUUAGAUCAAUACUCCGGGAAUGCUCAACGUCAUGAUCGGCGUGAGGUGGUCAUGUAUCACUAGG